AUGGCUUUGAAAUAUUUCUUUAAUGAGUUGGUUAACGGAGGCGUUAAUUUGACUCAAAAGGAAAUUGACUGCUUUGGUCCCUACAUCUAUCAGAAGGCCGCAUUUAUCGAAAAUCAAGACUCGAAAUGCGGGGGCGUUGUGAUAGAUCUCACACGGUAUACCCCUUAUCCUCUUGACAAGCAAAUAUGUGUGCCGGCUGAGUUACGAAGAAAAGCCUCCGAUAGUCUAUUGCGUUCGGAAAAUUCCAUCGAGCACGAUGGUGAACUACCUCCCUUUAACCAACUCCUGAGGGCAGCCAUUCUAUCCUGUGACCUUGACCUUCGAAGCUCCAUCUGCUCUAAUGUCCUAAUCAUUGGGGAGUUUGCCGAAAUUGAAGGUUUCCGCGAAAGAGUUCAGGAGGAGAUACGUAUGAUUGUCCCUGGAAGUCGACCAAACGUACAAGUAGCCCCAACCCCUACUGAAUGUGUAUUUGAGGGGGCUUGUCUGCUGACAGCUCUUCUGCAGGGUCCUUAUGCUCCAAAGUGUCCUUGGUUCCGCUUUGUUGACGACCUCGAUUGGUUCAACAUGUGCCAAGAUGCUAAUGCAACGAACGGGGCUACAGACACCCGUCUAUUAAGUCGACUAAACAGAGACUGUAUUUUCCACCAAAGGGGUUCAAAGCUCGUCCGUUUUGGAGUGAAUAGUCUUUUCGAAGAAAUGAUUAUUCAUGAAAAAUUGGGGACACCAGUUUCCGAAGGUUGUGAUUGGAAUGUGGGAGAGAAUAGUCAACUCAGUGCGCAACCGGCAAUUCCGUUUUGGAUCAGGUCUCCUUCAAUGAUGGAAUUCACUGAGAUUGAGGCAUCUAUAGCUCAGAAGAACUCUGCCUAUUCUCAUUUGUACAUUAUCCGCCUUUGA